CAACAUGCCCAGGGGCGCUGUGACUUAGUGGAAGAGAUGGACAUUACAGCAUUCAAUCCCAGCUCCGUCUGCGCCCGGAAAGAUGUGCGCCUUACUCCCCGGCGGCCUCCGAGGGGCCGCGCGCGGGGGCCUCUGGGAAGUGUAGUCCGCGCGCUCGCCGGACCCCUGGGUUGCUGGAGCGAGACUCCGCGUGCGCAGGCGCACUUCCGGCUCUGCCCCGUCGCUGCGGCCAUUGUCCAGCCCCGGGGCGGCUAGGGAGGCUUAGGGCCUCACCUCCGCACAGCAGAAUUGGAGAGGACGGAGCCGGAGCCGGAGGCGGGGGCGAGAGGAGCCGGCCCGAACCUUGGGUGGGCCUGAGAUCGCAAAACCCGGAAACUCCAGGAGGCAGUGAUUCCGAGUGUGCGGGUAGGAGCUGCACCUCCCACGAGUUUGGCGCGUGUCUGCGGGGCCGCGCCCACCAUCCUGCGGGUGGGACUGGGCGUGGCCAGAGGAGGGUGUCCUCGACUGGUGUCUGUCUGGGAGCCGAGCCCGACGAGGCAGGAAUGGCCCCGAGGCCGCCCACGGAGGCGCCCCAGGAAUCAGUGACAUUCAAGGAUGUGGCUGUGGACUUCACCCAGGAAGAAUGGCACCACAUGGCCCCUGCUCAGAGGCGCUUGUACAGGGAUGUGAUGCUGGAGAACUACAGCAACCUGGUUUCUCUUGGAUAUCAAGUUUCCAAGCCAGAGGUGAUCUUCAAAUUGGAGCAAGGAGAAGAGCCAUGGCUAUCAGAGGGAGAAAUCCAAAGAUCUGUCUGUCCAGCUCUUAUAUUGAAUGCACCAUGGAAACCAAUUCCACCUCCAGAAAUUCACCAUUCAAAGAAUUAGAUCAGCGGUCCAACUACUUAAUUGUACAGAUGAAGAACCUGAAAACCAAAGAUGUGAAAUGGUUUGCACAGUAUGCUACAGCUUAUGGUGGUAAAACUGGUGUAGGAUGCAGGUCUCCUGGCUCUUUGGCUCCAGGGUCUUGACACUGAAAAGCUAAUUUGGAAUUCAGAGGGCUUUUAAAUCAGAUGCACAAACAUUUAAUGAGCACUUAAGAAUUCAUAAAAGCAUAAGAGGCAGCAAGUUUAAAUUUGUCACAAACUUAUUUAAAGCAACUUGUUAGAAGCUUACAAACCAAAAUGUUAACAGAAACUAAAUGGUUGAACUAAAGUAUCAUAAUUAUACUUUCAGCUAACAUGUCAGUUUUAUAGAACUAUUAAGUCCUUCUCUGUACUGCCCCAAGCUUCCUAUAUUGGAUCAAUGAGAAAACAACACAAAACUAAGACAAGAAUUUUCCCCAAAAUUAAUUUGACUGUGUAGAAGUAUAAAUUCAGUUACCUCUUGCCAUAAAAUUUGCCUUUAAAUUAACACAUGUGCCAAGGAAAUAUUUCACCAUAAAAAAAAUAAUAAUUUAAGCUUGGUGGUGCUUUUCCAUCCGUAAAGCCUGAGAGCUAAGUAAGUUUCAGUAGCCCACUCAAAUCCUUAGUGUCCCUUAAUGGGAAUUCAUAGGUUAUCCCAAAGGAAUUUCAAGAAGCUUUGUUGGUUCAUUGGCACUAACAGUGCAGAUAAAUUUAGAAGCAAUUGUGGACAUUGACCCCUUUCAUACACGAGCAUCUUUUCUCUAAGAUAAAACAAUUUUUCCACCUUGAUGAGUCAUUGGGAGGAGUAAUAUGAGUGGUGAUGAUGAAACCUUUCAUCCAUCAACCUUAUCUCAUCCUGGAUAACAGGAGGCAGCUCCCAACCAUUCUUCAUAGUUCUUUGCAGGAAAAUGUGCCUGGGGGUUGAAAUAUGGCAUGUCUGGCCCAUUCUCUAUCAUAUAUGAAGCAAGAUGGGAUACUCCCUAGCAGAUUUGCCCGUCUAAGACAUUAGCCAUUCAAAACAUUCCUUGUUUAUGAUAUGCCAUGCUGAGUGCACAUACAAUGCCAAAGUCAUGCUUGUAUUGUCUGGUACAUAGUUUGACAAUAUGUAAUACUCAAACCUUCCCUAUUGAUUGGCCAAGAUGCCUAUCAGGAACUCAUUUUGCUGCUGAUUGUUUGGGGAUCCUCAUAGUGGACUAUUUGUAAAAAUGGCAUGAAUUGUAACCAAUUGAGUGCUACCCUACUGUUAUAGAAGUUUAUAAAGACUUUAGAUCUAGAAGACCCAAAGGAGACCACUGGUUUGUGUGUGGAGUCUGGCCUAGAUCCAACCAAUCUCUGAAUCUCAGCACAUCUUCAUUGACAGGGAGGGAGCCCAGGAUAUAUGUGUGGCUUACGGAGCAGAGGAUUCUGUGGUCCCAGCAUCUAUGCACCAUGCAUUUAUGACCACCUAGUUUUCUAGGCCACAUGAAAUGCAUCUUUGUAGCAUCAUUGUGUCAUUUCAAUAAAUAGCCUUCUUAGUUGAAUGGGAGUCAGUAUGUCUAUUUCAGUUUUCAGAAGUUGACUAAGAAAAGAGUGGCAUAUCAAGGAGGGAUUAACUGCUGAACUCUUCACAGCCAGGUGAGUUAAUAACAGCUACCAUUUAUUGAAUGCUUGCUACUUGAAAGACAUUGUGCCAAGUACUUGAUAGCCAUCAUUUCAGUUAAUUCUUAAAAUUCCCCAUUCUGGGUCUUGUGGUAACUAUUGUCUGCCCAGCUUUUUCCCUCUUUCCUUGUAACAGUCCCUGCUGUACCGAUCACAGGAAUACAAAGCAGGACAUGCUGGGGCUCGGGGAUAAUUUUAAGGGAAAGCAUGUGCCUAGUUGAGCCAAUAUCAGAGUCCUUUGCCAGGAUUUUUCAAAGCAGAGUUAGCAGGGAAAUUUUAAUUUUGGGUUGCGAGGCUGGGAGGAUGAAGGCUAGAGCUGCCUGGAGCCCGAUUCCCUACCAGAGGGGAGGUCUCUUGUGAAAGAGGGUGCCACUGCCCUGAUGGUGUUCUCUUUACUAAUCCCUGAAGUCUUUGGACCUGCCUCAAUUUCUGAAGCACUUUGUAGGAUUCAGUGGGCUCCCCACUUUCAGUCC